AUGCUGUCUCCAAAGCUGUCUGCUCCUUCUGCAUCCCUCCUGCGUUUCUUAAGGUCACAGACUGGUGUCUCGGCAGCCCCAUCUGUAUGCGCUUAUCCGAAGCGUCUCGCCAGCCGCGGUAAAGCCUUCUCGACAGGCCCCUCGGAAACAUCAAGAUGGACGCGGCCUAAUGGUUCGCACGGCAUCACAGCGAAUGGGACCGGAAAUAAAGCCAAUACGAGGGGAAGGCUGAAUACCCAAGCCGUUCUCUCGUCGCCAGCGCCAGCACAGUUGACAUUCACGCGUCAUGCAUCUACCAAAAGUCGGCCAUUGCUUCGACGGCUUUUUGAUUUGAAACGGAGCAAAACACCCGACUACCAGGACCAGUCUACUCCGCUUCCUGGAUUCAUGGACGAAGGGACUGAAGGCAUGUUCAACAUUGGCCGCAGUCUAUCAGCGAAAGGGACAAAUGAGCUGCGGAUCCGAUGUACAGAAUUCGAUAUCAAUGGUGAUGUCACACUCGUCAACGGAGAGUUCAGAAAGCAGGAACUUAUUGCCAAGUAUGGCCUUCUUCCGCGAGACUUACGCAAGAUCGACUCCUCCACCCUUCCUCACAUUCUGAUACGACCAAGCGCCAUCUUGAUCAAUCUUCUGCACCUCCGAGUGCUUAUUAAAGCAGAUCGAGUUCUUGUCUUUGACGCGUACGGUUCAACAGAUUCGUACAUGCAGUCCUUGUUCAUCUACGAUCUUGAGGGAAAGUUGCGCCAGAGAUCAACCCAAGGCGCCUCUCAACAUAACCAGACCUUGCCCUACGAGUUCCGUGCGCUGGAAGCCGUUCUCAUUAGUGUCACAAGUGGCUUGGAAGAGGAGUUCAAUGGUGUGAGAGACCCGGUCGUGCGAGUUCUUCGGGCAUUGGAGGAGGACAUCGAUCGUGACAAGCUUCGCCAUCUUCUCAUUUAUUCCAAGAAAUUGGGUACAUUUGAGCAAAAGGCCCGUCUCGUCCGAGAUGCGAUUGAUGAUCUCUUGGAAGCGGAUGACGAUCUGGCAGCCAUGUAUCUGUCCGAAAGAUCUACCGGCAAGGAGCGGGAAGAGGACGACCAUCAGGAGGUUGAAAUGCUUCUUGAAUCUUACCACAAGGUCUGUGAUGAGAUCGUCCAGGCUAGUGGCAAUUUGGUGACCAACAUUCGCAACACGGAAGAAGUAGUCAAGGCCAUUCUCGAUGCCAACCGCAACUCGCUCAUGCUUAUGGACCUGAAGUUCAGCAUCGGAACCCUCGGUCUCGGUGCGGGAACUCUCUUCUCUGCCCUCUACGGAAUGAACUUGAAGAACUUUAUUGAAGAAUCAGACUUUGGCUUCGGUGGUGUCUCGAUCACCUGCUUUGCUCUCACCGGUAUUGUCUGUGUAUACGGACUUUUCAAACUGCGCAAACUCCAGCGUGUCCGCAUGUGGGGUGAAUCAGGCGUGGGAGGCUCCUCUCUCGUUCCUCUAUCUCCAAAGCGCAGCGCACGCAAUGGCAACCGCAACAACUGGAGGGCUGACUCCAUCGAGCCCAUCUGGGGUAGUCUCCCGGGCGAGAGCCGAUCUGAGCGCAUCAGACGUCUUCGAGAAAAUGCUUCACAAGCAGCAUACCAGGCAGCGUCGAGAAAUUUCAAGACAACCCUUGCCAAUUCCACAGCUGCUAUGCAAGCAUCUGCUAACGCUUCCACACAAGCCUCGUCUGCAGCUUCUGGCAGCGCUCGUGCGGAAAGCAGCAAAGCACAUGGGAAGGAGACUGGUUCACCUGAACAGGAGGCAAAGCCUGCCUCGAGCAACAAAUCUGCAUGA